CGCCCCCUAACCUGCACCGGAAGUUAGGCAGUGGCGGAAAACUGAAAAAGGUCCUUGCGGCGUAAACAGCGAAAAUUACGGAUGCAUCUAAACGGCGGGACAAAAUAGUAAUCAAAAAAUAAACAUGUUUUAUCACAUCUCCUUGGAACAUGAGAUCCUGUUGCACCCUCGCUACUUUGGCCCUAAUCUGCUGAACACAGUGAAGCAGAAGCUGUUUACUGAGGUGGAGGGAACCUGUACGGGAAAGUAUGGCUUCGUCAUUGCUGUGACGACCAUCGACAACAUCGGGGCCGGAGUCAUCCAGCCAGGAAGGGGCUUCGUUCUGUACCCGGUCAAGUACAAGGCUAUUGUGUUCCGGCCCUUUAAAGGUGAAGUGGUGGACGCAGUGGUAACUCAGGUCAACAAGGUUGGGCUGUUCACUGAAAUCGGCCCUAUGUCCUGUUUCAUCUCCCGCCAUUCUAUCCCUUCAGAGAUGGAGUUUGACCCUAAUUCCAAUCCCCCUUGCUAUAAAACUGUGGAUGAGGACAUUGUCAUCCAGCAGGAUGAUGAAAUUCGCUUGAAGAUUGUGGGAACCAGAGUGGACAAGAAUGAUAUUUUUGCCAUUGGCUCUCUCAUGGAUGAUUACCUAGGACUGGUCAGCUGAUUUUCCUCAUGAAGUCACUUGGAGAUUCAUAUAUUUUUCUAAAUAUGUUUUCUAAGGUUGUGUGCUCAGAAUUAGUGCAUGAAUUCUUUUGGAAGGGUUUGUAUAUGUUUAAUGUUUUUUCCCGCCACAGUAUCAAUGAUCUUUAGCAAGAA